GUGGAGCAGGUCUCGCGAGGCCGCGCACCGGCUCGCGCGGGCCCCGAGCGCGCGGCGUAGCUGCCUGGCAGCAGGGGAAGUGGUGCUCGCGCCAAAGGACGUGUGUCUGCACUCGUAUGGUCAUGGAGGCUCCACCACCGCUGCUAGCGGCGCCGACUCCAGCCCUUGGCCGGGGCCGAAGGCUGCUGCUGCUGCCGCUGCUGCUGUUCCUGCUGCCAGCCGCAGCACUGCGGGCCUGGGAGGCCGAGGAGAGGCCCCGAACCCGCGAAGAGGAGUGCCACUUCUACGCGGGUGGACAAGUGUACCCGGGAGAGGCGUCCCGGGUUUCGGUCGCCGACCACUCCCUGCAUCUCAGCAAAGCCAAGAGUAGGUGGUGCCACGCAAAGAACAUCAUAUACUUUUCUUCCUUAGUUUCCAAGCCAGCACCUUAUUGGGAAGGAACAGCUGUGAUAAAUGGAGAAUUUAAGGAGCUCAAGUUAACUGACUAUCGUGGAAAAUACUUGGUUUUUUUCUUCUACCCACUUGAUUUCACUUUUGUGUGUCCAACUGAAAUUAUCGCCUUUGGUGAUAGAAUUGAAGAAUUCAGAGCUAUAAACACUGAAGUGGUAGCAUGCUCUGUUGAUUCACAGUUUACCCAUUUGGCCUGGAUUAAUACCCCUCGAAGACAGGGAGGACUUGGGCCCAUAAAGUUUCCACUUCUUUCAGACUUGACCCAUCAGAUCGCAAAGGACUAUGGCGUAUAUCUGGAGGAUUCAGGCCACACUCUUAGAGGCCUCUUCAUUAUUGAUGACAAAGGAAUCCUAAGACAGAUUACUCUGAAUGACCUUCCUGUGGGGAGAUCAGUAGAUGAGACCCUGCGUUUGGUGCAAGCAUUCCAGUACACUGACAAACAUGGAGAAGUCUGCCCAGCUGGUUGGAAACCUGGUAGUGAAACAAUCAUACCUGAAGAUGCCAUGAAAGCCUGGUGGCCUAGAGAAGAGCUAUAAUCCCAGAUCCAGCUGGAAAACUGAAGUAUUUUGAUAAACUGAACUGAUAAGACUUCUUCAGGUUAUGAUGCUUGAAAGGUCUCCAUAAAGUUCACCAUGUUAAUGCCACAUUGUGUUACAGUAGUAAUUUCUUGAAGAAUAUAAAAGUCCAUGGCAGGGUCCAAAGACACUAAUGUCGAAAGAUAGGCAAUUAUUCUCUGUGUUUCCAAGAAAUAUCAGAUUGAAUCAAACACAUACUCAUGAUAACAACUAACAUUUACAGAGUACAUGCCAUGUGCCUGCCAUGUUAGGCAGGCUAGGUACAUACUUCAUUUAAUCCUCACAACAAUGCUUUGAGUUCUUCAUUUUACAAUAAUGCUUUGAGUUCUUUAUUUAAGAAGACUGAAUCUCAAAUAAAUUAUUUACCCAAAGUCAUACAGCUAGCUAGCAAAGUAGAAUCAGACUUUGAACCCACAUAGCCUAUUACUAGUUUCUGGGCUCUUGAACACUCCACUGUGGCUCACCUUUCUGUACCUUUGGAGGUGGCAGGAAAGAAUAGGUUGUAAGCAACCACCUUGCAUGGAUCUGUUAGGGACAACUGACCCCUUUUCUCUAAAUUCACAUUUUGCAGCUUGUACCAAAUUUAUAAGUAACAACUUAUAUUUAACAAAUAAAGGUGGAAUACUUAAAUACA